GGAGGGAGAGAGAAGGGAAGGAGACAUACGAAAGCGAGACAGAGAGAAGGAAAGACACUGAAGACAGCUUUCCGUUUUUUUUCCCUCCCUCCCUAUUUCCUCACUUCUCUCCCUGGGAGGUUGUGAAAGGGCAGCACAGAGAGAGGGAGACGCAGAGUGAGAGAGACAAAAGGGGGCAAAGCUGAGUGGAUGAAAGCCAACGUGAGCGUGUGACUGACUCUGUGUGUAACAUGCUCUGUCAUGCUGCUGUGACUACCGCUGCCUCUCGGACCGGCGUCGUUGGCUGUCAGCAAAAAGGAAUGUUUUCCGGAGGAAUGGGUCCUUGAACCGGUUCACCAUGUGGAUGUGGGACAGUAAUUUCCAAACCUUCGCCGGAAGAAUCCCACGGAAAAAAGAGCAGCGGCCAGAGAAGUUAGCUGGUCCUGCUGGGUGGCCGCCUGUGUGCUCGCACUGCUGAGACUUACGCUGACAGACAAGAGUUCACACUGGGAUCAAGUCUGCCUCCAGUUCAUGCUUCUUUUUUAUCGUCUCAUUUAUUGUUAUCUUUAUUUCUCUUCAGGAACUCCGUGGAUUUUGUGGUGCUGUGUAGUUUGAUUUUUAAGUUUGUCUCAUUGGAUAAAAGCCAGGGCCUUUUUUCUUUUUUUUUGAAGAGAUGCAUUAAGACCAAACCACCGAGUUUGGAAAACUUAAGAGGAGAACUUUACUGGAACACUGGGCUGAAUGGACGCAUUACAUCCUCGGACUACAGAAUGGGACACUAUGUAUAGUGCUGUGGCCUGCAGAAAUUAUGGGACAGACUGUGUAGAUAGAUAGCAAGCGAGAUAGAGGCUCAAAGGGUGAAAGGUUAACAGGAAGGGGCAUCAGUCCUGCAAGGCUUCGGUAUGAAACCUGGAAGAUGUCCAGUUGCUCCCAGUGAAAGAGCCAUGAUGCAAAUAAGCCACUUUCCUUUUAGAAGACACUCCUGGAUAUGCUUCGAUGUGGACAAUGGCACAUCGUCAGGCCGCAGCCCCCUGGACCCGAUGGCCAGCCCGGGCUCCGGCCUCAUCCUGCAGGCCAACUUUGUCCACAGCCAACGGCGAGAGUCAUUUCUCUACCGAUCGGACAGCGACUACGACCUCUCGCCCAAGUCCAUGUCCCGAAACUCCUCCAUUGCCAGUGACAUUCAUGGUGACGAUAUGAUUGUAACGCCAUUUGCACAGGUUCUCGCCAGUUUGAGAACAGUACGGAACAACUUUGGUGCAUUAACUAACCUACAACAAGACAGAGCGUCCAAUAAGAGAUCACCCAUGUGUAACCCGCCCCCCAUCACCAAGACCACCUUUACAGAGGAGGCCUACCAGAAAUUGGCCACUGAGACCCUGGAGGAGCUGGACUGGUGUUUGGACCAGCUGGAGACACUGCAGACGAGACACUCGGUCAGCGAGAUGGCAUCCAACAAGUUCAAAAGGAUGUUGAACCGGGAGCUGACUCAUCUAUCAGAGAUGAGCCGCUCAGGGAACCAGGUGUCUGAGUUCAUCUCCAGCACCUUCCUAGACAAACAGCAUGAAGUGGAGAUGCCGUCCCCUCAGACGCAGAAGGAGAAGGAGAAGAAGAACAAGCCCAUGUCUCAGAUCAGUGGGGUGAAAAAGCUGCAACACUCCUCCAGCCUCACAAACUCCAAUAUCCCUCGCUUCGGAGUCAAGACGGAGACUGAGGACGAACUCGCAAAGGAGCUGGAGCAUGUAAAUAAAUGGGGCCUUAACGUUUUUAAAAUCUCAGAGUUCUCUGGGAAUCGGCCACUGACAGUCAUGAUGUACACGAUAUUCCAGGAGAGAGACUUGUUAAAAACAUUUAAAAUUCCACUUGACACCUUUAUAACAUACCUGAUGACCUUAGAAGACCAUUAUCACGGAGAUGUGGCCUACCAUAACAACAUUCAUGCUGCUGACGUCACCCAGUCAACUCACGUGCUGCUAUCCACCCCCGCCCUUGAGGCUGUGUUCACAGACCUUGAGAUCCUAGCUGCAAUCUUCGCCAGUGCAAUUCAUGACGUGGACCAUCCUGGAGUCUCCAACCAGUUCCUCAUCAACACCAACUCAGAGCUAGCGCUGAUGUACAAUGACUCAUCGGUGCUGGAGAACCACCAUCUCGCAGUGGGUUUUAAGCUUCUACAAGAAGAGAACUGUGACAUCUUCCAAAACCUGACCAAAAAACAAAGACAAUCACUGCGAAAGAUGGUCAUUGACAUCGUGCUAGCAACAGACAUGUCCAAGCACAUGAAUCUACUGGCUGAUCUGAAAACGAUGGUGGAAACCAAGAAGGUGACCAGCUCGGGUGUCUUGCUGCUGGACAACUACUCUGACAGGAUACAGGUCCUCCAGAACAUGGUGCAUUGUGCAGACCUGAGCAACCCCACCAAGCCUCUGCAGCUGUACCGACAGUGGACGGACCGCAUCAUGGAGGAGUUCUUCAGCCAAGGAGACCGAGAGCGGGAGCGGGGCAUGGAGAUCAGCCCAAUGUGUGACAAACACAACGCCUCAGUAGAAAAGAGCCAGGUUGGUUUCAUAGACUAUAUCGUUCACCCUCUGUGGGAGACGUGGGCUGACCUGGUCCAUCCUGACGCCCAGGACAUUUUGGACACGUUGGAGGACAACAGGGAGUGGUACCAAAGCACCAUCCCCCAGAGCCCUUCUCCUGCCCUAGACGAGUCCGAAGACGGCACGCGACCCCCAGGAGGGGACAAGUUCCAGUUUGAGCUCACCCUGGAGGAGGACGGGGAGUCAGACACUGAGAAAGACAGCGGCAGCCAGCCUGAGGAGGAGGAGGAGGAGGAGGAAGAGGAGGAAGAAGAGGAGGAGGAAAACAGCUGUACUGACUCUAAAACGCUCUGUACGCAGGACUCUGAAUCUACUGAGAUUCCUUUGGACGAACAGGUGGGGGAAGACGAGGAGGAGGAGGAGGAGGAGGAGGAAGAGGUACCGGAGGAGGGGGAGACGCCCUGCUCGCAACCGUGUGUAGUGGAGGAGGAGGUAGCGGAGGAGGAGGAGGAAGAGGAGGAAGAGGAAAAUGAGAAAAGCCCUCAUACAUAGCAGUUUGUGGACAGCACCUGAUGAACUGUUCUUCUUAGUAAUGACAGAUUAUUUAUAGAAUAUUUUUGGGGUUUUGUGGAGUUUGUCUGUGUUUUUUAUACAUCCAUGUUUAUGGUUCCAAAGCGUGCGCUGCUCUCCACCGUGACCACUCCUCCUGUCGGCUUUCAGACACGCCCACCGGUACUUCUUCAAGUUUUUUUGCACUCAGGAAACCUCCUUUCCAUUCCCGUUUGUACUGAAGUGGUGUGUCUUUAUUUCACUUUUACACCUCUCCGUUAUAAGCUUACAUUUUUGACAUGGACAUUUUUGACAUACGACUCAUGAGAUCCAAUUCCCCCUUCCCCUCCGCUUUGUCUCAGCCUUGCCUGAAAGUUUAGCAGUGUUUCUGUGUUUUUAUCAAGUGCCCAUACUCUUCUCUGGAAACGGUUAUCGGUGUGUUCAAGGAGAACCCUCCGUUCUCAAUUCGGUCAUUUCCUCACCAUUGCAAAUUAGGAGGCAUUUAAUGCUGCCGUUCAGCUGAACACCUGAUGGGACGGCGCAGAGAUUAAAGCUGCAGCACACUGGGGAGCUUUUCGAGACACAUUUCUGAUAUGGAAGUCUUCCUUGAAAUACCUGACUGAUACAAAGCUCAAAUCUACACAGCUGAGACGCUGUCCUAGACCUCUUUAAUUUUUGUAUCGUACUGUAUGUAAGAUUCAGAUAUUUUCUAGACUUUACUUUUGCAAUCUUAGGCUUUGUUUGUUAGCGAAGAAGAUUAGAGGACUUUGGGGAACCAAUGGGGUGAAAUGUGUCUCAGAUAUUCAGUGUGAUGAAGGAUACCUUCAUGGCUGGAUGAAAUUAGAAGUUUUCUGAGCUGUUUGCACUUGCUCCAAUAGCAUUUAUACUACAGUUCACAUACCACUACAUUCUCUUUGGUUCAUUCUGUGAGUUUAAAUUUGGGAUUUAUUCAUUCUAGCUUUUAUUUUAGUGAAAGUUUUCAUGGAUAAGGAAGCAGGAACCUGAAGUCUUAUGCUUUACCUUCAAUGAAAUCGUUUGUGAUGUGGAUGAAGCCUUUGAAUUUUAUUAUCGUUGCCUGCAGUUCUUUUGAACACAUCCUGAGACAAUGCAAUGCUUUGUAGUUGAUACAAAAAGCACUUUUUUUAGAAGCUUGAUUAGUGCUCUGUGUAUACAGAAAUAGUAAUGGUGAUAAAAACUACUGGGGUGAUUUUAUAUCAAUGUUGUAAAAGCUUUUAUUGCCCUCACCUUUAUAUUUUUUUGUGCCCAUUUUUAUAAUUCUCUCAUUAGCAACAGCAGCGUACUCGCUUCUUUCCAGCCACAACUUAUCCUCAUCAAAAAAUCUUGACAUCACAACAUCAAACCCAGUUGCUGUUUUGUUUUUGACAAGACAAUCAGCUCCGUUAAGUAGUUACCAGAGACGACUAUCCUUUACGUAGAUCCUCUAAUGCACUGAUAUAUUCUUAUAUCACCACUUUAAUGUUUUUGAUAUGUUUCAACUUGCCAAAACACUCCCUCUUUAAUUCUAAAGAGUCUCUUCCUUUUUCCAUGUCUCUCUCACUUUUCACUUGACACCUCAUGCUAUUAUUUAUUGCUAUAUUUUUCUAUUUGUUGAGUCUUUUUUGCAAUAUAAAUGUGGUACAGUACAUAUUUUACUGUAGCAUAAACCACAGUACAGGCUUGCCAGUUACAAUACCCAAAUAUACUUUUUCCCCUCUCUGUGUACAUAAAAUAUACCACAUGUAAAAAACCAGAAAAAACUUGAAAUACUGCACACUGCUUUUUUAAGAGUGCUUGUUUUAAUAAUGUGUCAUUUCAGAACUUUUUAUUUAAUCUUUCAUUUUGUGCCAAGAUUUUUAUUUUUCUCUCUCUCUCUGUUGUUUUCAUCCUCACCCGAUGCCCUUACCUGUAAUAAAAGAUUCUGGUUUUAUCGCUGUUUACAAACAUAUAUUUAUUGUGCUGUAUAUAAUAUAUAAUUAUUAAUGUUAUUACUAUCAUAAUGCCGUUUGUCGUAAAUGGUUGAUUCUUAUCAUCCCUUUUGGUGAUGGUGUGGCUGUAUUACGUACCUCUUGUUGAGAGAAUGUUUCUUACACAUGAGCUUCAGUGUAAAAAUGAUCCAUCAUCGACAUGUUUGCUUGCCUGAGAACUAGCUCAGUGACGAGAGGGGGAAAGCCAAAUUGUUUUGUAAAAAGAAACUGUUCCUUGGCCCAUGGGCUGUGCCUUAAAUUCAACGCAUGUCAUUUCCUUUUAGCCUUUCUUUUCCUAUUUAAUUUCCUAGUUCUCUUUUGCUGCAUUAGUGAAUCUUUAUGGCUCAGGUUGGCCUGAUCUCCUGUCGUGAAUUUGAACGUGUUGCCUUUUUACUAUCACAGCCAAACACAAAUUACUCUAUUAAAGCACCGGGAAAUAUAUUGCCAGUGUAUAAUUCUGCAGGGAUUCAGGCCAACUAGGAGUUAGAGAUUUGCUACUUGAGUGAUUUGUGGCCUAUAGCCGGAUGUCCAAGAGUUGAAAAUGCUGUAGAACCUGGUGUGCGCAACUUCCACAUUCCUCAUGCCCUGAAAUACACUCAAAGCUGUGACACAACCACUGGGAUUAUAAAGAUGCUGGAGUAACUGUGCUGUCUGUGCAGAACUACUGCAGUGUCACCUGCAUCCUCAUGGUUUGAUUACAGCUACAAACACUGAACAGGGCACUGAAGGACUGUGAAGUUGCAGCUUGACCACAACCUACGAUGCACAGAGGCUUAGAGACACACCUGCAUGUUCAGCCACUGCUGCAUUAAUUAUGGCUGAAACACUGACAGUGUGUUGCUUAUCUAUGCUCGGCCCACACUUCCACUCACAUUACUUGCAAUAUCCAAAACCACUGACAUUUUUCUGCCUGGAGAGGAUGAGGGUUUAGUAUGUUUCUGUAGUGAAGGGGAGUAUUUGGGGGAUUGGGGUGGGUUAGAUAAGGGUUUGGGUGAGUGCAUCAUUGUCCCUGAAGCAGGGACUCUUAUUUUGACACACAUACUGUAGAUUCUAAACAGCCCUGGACCAAUGGAAACAGUGGGUUCUUUUCUCAUUAUGUGUUCUAUUUUUAUGGUAUGAAAGGAAAAACACAAACUGUAACUUUAAAAAAAGGUCUUCAGGACAAUUAUUUUUUGGGUUAUGUCUUUAGAAUGCCAACUUGUCUGGAAGUUUCACAAGACAAUUAAAAUGUUAUUUUAAUGGAUUCCUUGUUAAUUGCAGUCUAUUGGAUAGCACUGUAGAUCAUACAACUUUGUGUAAAAAAAAUGAAAAACGAUGAAAAAAAAGUUUUUAUAUGCAAUGGAUUAAAUAAAAGCAUGGGUUGAUUCUGCCUA